CAGCUAUACUGCAUUAAAAGAAAGGUAUUACACACUGAAAAUAAAGUUCUGAUGCAUUCGAAAAAAAUUAUCGCGCAUUCAUUUUGCGUUUAGAGUGCUGCCGAUGUUCAAUUAAAAUAUCUUACAUUUCAAUUACAGUUUAAUUUUCAUUAAACUAAAAGUAAUCAAAUUAAUAUCGAUCCAGGCAUUCAGUAAACAUGAACUCUCCGAGUCGAUCAAGGGUUGCCAGUAAAGUUAUGCUCCGUGAUUACAGCCUGUUCUGCUCUCUGUGAUUUUGUGGCCUAGUUGUCAAAUUGACAGUGAAAAUUUUAUUUUCAUUAGAUAAAAUUAGAUAUAUGCUAUAUUUCUUUAUUUAUGAUGAAAGUGUGCCAUUGCAACCUUGCAGUUUCGUUUUACCCUUCUGCAAGUGAUCAUUGUUUCUGGAAAUUGUUCUUAAUCGUUGGAGCACACUGAAACACAACUGUGGAGCUAGAUGCCGCCAAAGGGGCGGCAUUCCAACCAGGGUACGUGCGAUGCUCAAUUUGGAUCAAGAGGUUGGAGCAUGGGACACGGUUUUGCUGGACCCUCUAAACGAAGAUAGUUUUAUUUCAAACCUACAGCAGAGGUUCAAGAGAGAUCACAUAUAUACUUACAUAGGCAAUGUAUUGGUGUCUGUGAAUCCUUACAAAAAAUUGGCCCUCUAUUCUGCAGAUUUGGUGGAGUCUUAUGUCAAAAGGCCGCCGUUUCAAUUGCCGCCCCAUAUAUAUGGUGUGGCCGAGUCAGCCUAUAGAUGGUUAAAUGAUAGGAAUGAGAAUCAAUGCAUUAUAGUGACCGGAGAAAGUGGCUCUGGUAAGACUGAAGCGGCCAGAAUCGUGCUACAGUUUGUUGUGUUGGUAUCAGGCUCUAGUCCAGUGGUCAAAUUGAUAAAGGACAGAUUGGUCCAAGCCAAUACCCUGCUGGAAGCAUUUGGGAAUGCCAAAACAAUGAGAAAUGACAACUCCUCGCGAUUUGGGAAAUUUUUGGACAUCGAGUUUGAUUAUAAAGGGGACCCUAUAGGAGGUCAUGUGACCCACUAUUUUUUGGAUAAGUCGAGAGUGACGAAUUUGGCUUCCUAUGAUAGAAAUUUUCACAUUUUUUACCAGCUUUUAUCUGGUGCCGAUAUUCAUCUUCUCAAAAGUUUAAAACUUCAGCGAAAUGUGGAGCACUAUUCAAUAUUGCAAACUGAGACAAAUCAUCCCACCUUGACUGAAGAAGACGAUAAGAAACUUUUUGUUUAUACCAAGGGAGCCCUUGAGAUACUUGGAUUUGUUGCUGAUGAUAUUAUCGAUAUAUUUCGGGUACUAGCUAUUGUUCUAAAGUUAGGUAAUUUGCAAUUUGUGCCUUGUAACAAUAUAGAUGGUACAGAUGGAUGUGCCAUCAGCAAUGAUUACGAACUUUUUGAAAUAUGCGAGCUACUUUCUGCCGAACACAAGUGGAUUCAAAGGGUUUUAACUAGCAAACAUAUAGAGGAAGGGAUACUGGCCGACUUAAGCGCCUUAGAGGCUGGUAAAAUCAGAGACACCCUUUGUAGGACAUUGUACAGCCGUCUGUUUACCUGGUUAAUCAAUAGGAUAAAUGAAUUAAUAAAAGCAAAGACUCUAAGUAAACGAAAAGUGCUGGGAGUCCUAGAUUUGUACGGUUUUGAAGUCUUUAAGCAUAAUAGCUUCGAGCAACUCAUCAUAAACUAUUGCAAUGAGAAAUUGCAACAUUUCAUCACAAACCUCACACUGAAAGAGGAGCAAGAAGAGAUGAUCAAGGAAGGAUUAGAGUGGACCAAAAUCGAAUAUUUUAAUAAUGUAGUUAUAUGUCAAUUGCUAGAGCACGAGAACCACGGAAUCUUAUCACUGCUAGAAGAGCCUCACGUGCAAUGCGAUACCGCGUAUCUUACGAGGGUCGAACAGUGCUCUUCUGGGCACUCUCAUUGCCUACUCGCGGAUAACAAUCUCCCUGUAUAUACUUUCCAGAUAAGGCAUUUUGCGGGGGUGGUAACUUACAAGGUUCACGGCUUCAUUGAAAAAAAUCGCGACAGUCUUCCGCGGGAAAUUUCAAGGGCGAUGUACCGCUGCGACAUGACGUUAAUGCGGGAAUUAUUUCCCGAAGGAAAUCCGAAAAGGUGUUCUAUCAAACGGCCGGUGAGCAACGCGGUACAGAUACAGGUGUCUUUGAAUUCCCUGUUGAAAAAUCUCUCCAGUCGUCAGAAUCAUUAUAUCAGAUGUAUAAAGCCUAACGAAAUGAAACAGCCCCGAAUUUUCGAAAUAGGCCUGGUGCAGCAUCAGGUGCGUUAUUUGAACCUUAUCGCGACGGUUCAGGUCUGGAGGUCCGGUUGUUGCUACAAGCUGCCUUUCAUUCAGUUCUUGUGUCGCUACAAAAUGAUUUGCUGCCACACAUGGCCCAAGUGGAGAGGUUCGUCCAUAGAGGGCGUUUCGGUGCUGCUCAGAUCACUGCCAAUACCCAGUGCCGAAUUUACAUUUGGUAGAACCAAAUUAUUCAUAAGGAGUCCCAGGACGGUUUUCGAACUGGAAGACUUUCGCAGGGCCAGAGUCAACGAUUUAGCUCUGAUCAUACAGAAGACGUGGAGGGGUUACCGACAAAGGAAACAGUAUCGGAAGUUGCGACACAGCCAGAUGGUAAUCGCGUCCGCUUGGAGAUGCUGGAGGGAAAUGAAAUACGGGAUACCAUUUCGAGGACGCGCUCACCUGUGGUGUCUCUAUCACGUGGCCAGGGAGGAGUUUAGGAUAAUGAAGCACCGGAAACAGAUUGAAUGGGCAGCUAGGGUUAUACAAAGGCACUACAUUCAAUGGAAAAGGCGACAAUACUUGUUAGAUCUUAUCAACAAGUUACCGGCCGACAGUGAUUCACCUAUGUGCCGAGAAUGGCCUCCCUGCAUGUCGCGAUUGCUCGAGACGAGCGCCGCGCUGCGUAAAAUUCACCACAGAUGGCGCUGCUACAAGUACAGGCUGAGGUUCGACCAGACGGCUCGAAACAGGAUGCGCGAGAAGGUGACAGCUAGCUUCAUUUUCAAGAACCGGAAGUGUUCGUAUCCCAGGAGCAUCUCUCAUCCGUUUCUCGGUGACUACGUCAGGCUGAGACAGAAUGUCCAGUGGAAGAAGAUGAGUUUGGAAAACAAUGACCAAUACGUAGUGUUCGCUGACAUAAUCAAUAAAAUCGCUAGGUCUAGUGGAAAGUUCGUUCCUAUACUUUUGGUGAUAUCGACGCGAUCGAUGCUAAUCUUGGACCAAAGGACGUUGCAGAUAAAAUACAGAGUACCUGCCACGGACAUUUACCGGAUGUCACUUUCUCCGUUCUUAGACGACGUUGCGGUAGUUCACAUGAAAGCGUCGUCGGUAGUCAACAGCGAGACAUCAAGCGACACGUCUGACGGGACGGGUUGCCUAUUUCAGAGCGACCUUGCGAAAAAGAAGGGCGAUUUCGUAUUCCAAACGGGUCACGUUAUCGAAAUAAUCACCAAGUUGUUUCUGGUGGUGCAGAACGCAUCAGGGAAACCGCCCGAAGUCAACAUAACCACGGAAUUCGAGGCGAAUUUCGGGUCGCAGACGGUGACAUUUACGUUCAAAUGCGGCCUCCCGGAAGUGCAGCCCGGUCAAAUCCGGGUGAUCCGGAAAGCGAACAAAAUGGAAGUAUACGUCUGAUAAUUAUUGAGCCAGAUACAUAUCGAGGGAACCAGCAAAAGUAAUUCACUGCCAGUAUACGUUGUUUUCGGUUUGUUAUUGCACAUGUUUUUGUUUCGUUAUUCUUCUAUUCUAUAUAACAUGUUCCGACUGAUUUGGGUUCGUGUAUUCACGGGGUCGAAUUUUGUUUCCGUUCGAGAGCGAACCGUUUAAAAGUGCAUUCUUUCAAAUUUUCAACAGUCUAUUUUGAUUUUCGACCAAACGGACAAGGGAACCAAGUCGCAAGGGAAACGAAAUUUGACGACGUAAUUGAGACUUAAGCGUUUAGGGAAUUUUUUAGGUUGUAAAUACUAGCUAAACGUUAUAAAAAGUGUUAUUAAAAAAUAUCGUUGGUGGUAUUAGCUUUCAGAUUUCUAAUUCGAAUCGGUAACAAAUAAUAGCUAGCGGACUUAUUUUUGUGCCCAAGCAGACAAAGUUGUUCAGAUUUAGCGUUAAUCAUUUCCACUAUAUCCAGAAGUUUAGUUAACUGUUCGGAGAAUUUUAGCAAUAUAUUCUAAGGG